AUGUGGGGCUGCCUUGGGGUCACAUUGGAGCCACAGUGGGGCCACAUUGGGGCUACAUGGGGGCCACAUGAGGGCUACAUCGGGGCCACAAUAAGAGGAUGGGAGAAAGAGAGAGAGAAAGAAAAAAAGAGCAGGAGAGAGAGAGAGAGGAAAAGAGAGAAAGGAAAGGAGAGACAGAGAGGAAGAGUGAGAGAGAGCGGAAAAGAGAGAGAGAGACAGAGGGAAAGAGAGAGAGAGAGAAAGAGACAGAGAGGAAGAGAGAGAGGAAAAGAGAGAGAAAGGAAGCGAGAGAGAGCGGAAAAGACAGAGAGAGGAAGAGAGAGGAAAAAAGACAGAGGAAGAGAGAGACCGAGCGAGAGAAAGAGAGAGAGGAAAAGAGCGGAAGAGCGAGCAAGAGAGAGACAGAGAGGAAGAGUGAGAGAGAGUGGAAAAGAGAGAGGAAAAGAGAGAGACAGAGGAAAAGAGACAGAGAGGAAGAGAGAGAGAAAGGAAGCGAGAGAGCGAGAGAGAGCGGAAAAGAUAGAGAGAGGAAAAGAGAGAGAGAGGAAGAGAGAGAGAUAUAAAGAGAGAGGAAAAAAGACAGAGGAAGAGAGAGACAGAAAGAGAGAGAGGAAAAGAGCGGAAGAGCGAGUAAGAGAGAGAGAGGAAAAGAGAGAAAGAGAGAGAGAAAGACAGAAGAAGCGAGAGAGUGAAAAAAAGAGAGAGAGAGAAAGAGACAGAGAGGAGGAGAGAGAGGAAAAGAGAGAGAAAGGAAGCGAGAGAGCGGAAAAGAUAGAGGGAGAAAGAGAGCGAUAGAGAGAGAGGAAAAAAGACAGAGAGGAAGAGAGAGACAUAGCCAGAGAAAGAGAGAGAGAGAAAUACAUACAGAAGAAGAGAGAGAGGAAAAGAGAGAAAGACAGAAGGAGAGAGAGACAGAGGAAAAGAGAGAGAGAGGAAAAGAGAGAGAAAGGAAGCGAGAGAGCGGAAAAGAUAGAGGGAGAAAGAGAGGAAGAGAGAGAGCGAUAGAGAGAGAGGAAAAAAGACAGAGAGGAAGAGAGAGACAUAGCCAGAGAAAGAGAGAGAGAGAAAUACAUACAGAAGAAGAGAGAGAGGAAAAGAGAGAAAGACAGAAGGAGAGAGAGACAGAGGAAAAGAGAGAGAGAGGAAAAGAGAGAGAAAGGAAGCGAGAGAGCGGAAAAGAUAGAGGGAGAAAGAGAGGAAGAGAGAGAGCGAUAAAGAGAGAGAGGAAAAAUGACAGAGAAGAGAGACAUAGCCAGAGAAAGAGAGAGAGAGAAAGACAGAAGAAGAGACAGAGAAAGAGAGAGAGAGAGAAAGAGAGAGGUUAAAGGGCGAUGUUUGUAGCGCAGGGUUGAACACAGUAGCCAAACUGACCUAAGAGGACAAUAUUUGCACACACACCUACUGUACUAUACUCAC